AUGCUUGAGAAUAAAACCCUCCCUUUUCUUCUGGUCUGGUGUGUGGUGGGCCUGGGAAGGGGGGUUGGGAGUCAGGCUGGAGCUGGGGGUUGCUCUUGGCCCCACAUCUGGCAGCCUGAGAGGGCCCCGCCCCCCUGCCGGGCCUUCAGCGCCUGGUCCUUAAUCCCUAGACCUUGGGCCCUGGCUCAAGUGUCGGCCUUCAGGCCCCCGCCUCGUCCCUGUGCUCUGCCCAGCCAAGGACGCGUCUGCCCACCUGCCCUGGGCCUGCAGCAGCUGGCCACGAUGCUCCUGCUAGUCGCACUGCUCGCGCACACCGGUGCCUGGGCCAGCCGGCUGCCAACCCCGGGGACCCCUGGGGACCCUCUGUGCACCUGCCCCUCAGCUCCCUCGGCCGAGGAAGAGGCAGGGUGGGGCGGUCCGCCCACUUCUCCAAAGCCCGAAGCAGCACCCCCUUUCCCCGCGGCGCCAGGGUCCUGGCUCCGCCGACCGCUGUUCAGCCUGGAGCUGUCGGACCAGGAGGGCGCCUUCCCGCGCCGCGCCGGGCCGCUGGAGAUCCCCGCCGACAGCCGCGUGUAUGUGCAGGUGCGGGCCGAGGGCCGCAGUGGGGCGCGGGGCGCAGCGGGCGAGCGUGGCCAGGACCCGCGUGUCCUCUCUUGCCCGCAGGCGGCGCUGGCCCGGCCGUCCCCGCGCUGGGGCCUGGCGCUGCACAGCUGCUCCGUGACCCCGUCGUCCCGGCCGGCCCUGGGGCCCGCCCUAGUGCUACUCCGCGGCGGCUGCCCCGCCGACGCCUCGGUCGCCUUCCCGCCGCGGCACCCCGAGGCCGACGCCGCGCACUCUGCGCUCUUUAGCUUUCGCCUGCGCCCAAUCUUCAACGCGUCCGUGCAGUUCCUGCACUGCCAGCUCAGCCGCUGCCGCCGCCUCCCGGCAGCCCGCCGCGCGCGCGCGCCCACCCCGUCGCCGUGCCAACCCCAGGACCAGACGUGCGCGGGCGCCGGCAGCGGGGAGACCCUGAGCGCCGACGGCCCCCAGCUGCACACGCUGACCCAGCCCAUCGUGGUCACCGUGCCACGGCCGCCGCCUCCCCGUGAGCGCGCAACCCCCCUCCCUAGUGGUCCCCGGUGCCUGCGAAGCUGGGUGGAGCGGAUCUCUGGGUCCGUCCGGGGUGCGGUCUCAGCUCGGCCCUUCCCCACAGGGCCCCCCAAGGGCGUCCCGGGCCGAGCCGCGCGACCCGACCCUCCUGCAUCGGCCCCGGCGGCGCUGGAGCCCGCGCCAGUCGUGGCCCUGGUGCUGGCCGCCUUCGUGCUGGGGGCCGCGCUGGCCGCCGGCCUAGGUCUCGUCUGCGCGCACUCAGGUACGGACUUCGGAUCGCCGGGACCUCCGCGGGGUCCACCACCUCCUGACCUACGCUACGCCCCCAGCAACCCCCAGAGGGCGCCCUUGCCCAGCCUGCAGCCGCUUCUACCUUUCAGGACCCCCACCCCCACGCCCACCUCCAAGAGCCUCGCCCAGCAGCCCCCAGCCUAGGAGGCCUCAGUAGGGCAGGCGCCAGGAGGACGAGGGAAAUGUCAAGGAUGGGCUUGGAAACGGAGGCGGUGUGCGUGGGAUCUGCUCCCACACUCAGCCUGGGUGGUCCCUCGCUAGAGAUGAGGCGCCCCCAACGGGGUCCGGAGAUCAGGC